AUGAGGAGUCCCUCACACCGUCCUGGAGACGAGUAUGAGGAGGUACCAAUAUUAUACCAGACACCUCCCGGAUGCGGGCAUGAGUCUGUCUUAAAUGCUGAACAAGAAAGAUUGGUAAGGCAAGCAGAGUUGAGGCUUACAAAUGAGCAACUGGAACAAAUCCUAAAACAUAGGGAAAAGAAAGGCAACCACUAUGACCCUGAAAAAGGGUCGGAUAGAGAUGAAGGACCUUCACUUUCAAAAGGAAAGGGACUGGACCCAAGGAACUGGGGAAAUAUCUCUGCUGAGUCCGAUAUGAAUCUCGAUGAGCAACAAAAAGCUUAUGAGACUUGGAAGGAGGCACAAUACUGGGCACAACAAGAACCCGUGAACUUAUACCACAAAAUGAAUCCUUCAUCCAAAAAGUCGGCUGAAGAGCAAAACAGAGAAUUACAAGGCACUUAUGAGCGGGAGACCAGUAGAACUAAAAAUGAACUUACUAAACUAAGGGCACACUUAGCCAAAGAAAAGGAAAAUAUCAAUGUGUUCAUCCAGACAUUGCUGUCUUAG